AUGCAUUUGAGGUGCCUAUUCAGUGUCUUGUUCCCCAAGCGGUAUUACAAUAUAUAUCUUGUAGUCACAUUUUACAAGCAACCUGAAAUUUCCUCUUUGGGGAACCGGUGUAUAACACUCGCAUACAUAGCAAAAGGCAUCAGAUUCAUUAGCACAGUUGUGACUACUGGAGUACGCAUGGUUAUAACUAACAAAAGUAGAUUGAUAUUUAAUUUACCAUCUAUCCGAAAUAACAAACAUAUGAAAACUAGAAAAUACAAAAUAAAAGCGGUUUCAAAUUUGAAAUUA